AUGCUUCAGCUCGAAGACUCUCAACCGCCUGCAAGGAAUGUCAGCGUCGGCGGAUCAAGCUCUGGAACCCCGUGCAUGGAAUGUACAAAACGGGAUAUCAUUUGCAUCGUCGAUGAGAGCUCGGACAAACGACGCAAAAGCUACUCCAGUAAGGUGGAACAAGAACGCAGUUUUUAUCAGGAACUGAUGGAUGGCUUGUUCACGAUUAUCCGGACAUCUAGUGAUGAAGAUGUUCACCACAUUAUCAAUAUCGUGCGGUCGGGAUCCUCCGCCAACGACAUACAGACUGAGGUGAUUCGUGUCCUUGCGAGUAAUGACUCUACUCGAGCAUGA